AUGGACGAAACACUUGCAACCCCUCUACCCCAUGAUUCUACUUCCCAGUCCCGAUCUUUAGCGGUUGAUUUCACUUGGAGAAAGCUCAAGGCACUUAUCACGGAAACCAACAAACCAAACGCCAGUCCACUCUAUACCGUUGAUUGCAAUCUCAUCACGAACAACCUAACAUUCAAAUCGACUGCGGAUGACCGAGUCGUUGGAACUGGUUCCGUUCACGCUUUCAGCAUUAGCCCGGACUACCAGCUCCAUGGUGUCCAGGGUACUCUCAAAGCCCAAAGACGCCUCCAUACAGUUUAUACCCAUCAGUCUACCACGUUCUCCGACACAGGAGCUCCGGUCAAAAUGACAUGGACGAGUAGUUGCGGCUUCAAGGCAUGGGAUUUUGUCUGUGUUGACGAGAAUCAAGAGCCUGUGGCUAGAUUUUCUGCCAAUAUGUGGGCUGUGAAGAAAGUUGGCAAAAUCGAGAUGUUGGGACCGAAGGCCUUUGACGAUGCUGCCCGGGAUGAAAUAGUGGUAGUUGGAUUCACGUUGUACUACUGCUGGCUGCUUCGAGUGAACAAUCCUUUAAAUCUACUUGGCUCGGCAUUUCUGUCGAAGGAGAAGAUUGACAAGGAUGAGUCUCGCCAGGUCGAGCAGAGACAAGCAAAGCUCAUUGACUAA